AUGGACUUCGUCCUGUGGAGGUCUGAUGUCCCAGAGAAGAAGAAUGCUAGAAGGGAUGGAGAGGAGAGCAUUGUGGUCUCCACCACCUCCCAACCCACUACUUCUCACCAUGCAGCCGCCAUUGACACUGCCUCCAGGCAUCUUGUUUAUGCUAUUGACUCCCAGAGGAGCAGCAGAGCACAGGGUCCAGUGCGAGCACAAGGUGUGGCCAUGGAGAACAGUACAGAAGCAGCCUCAGCAGGCCAGGAAUGGCAUUGGGGGGAGCUCCAUGGGGCAAGCAGCUCAGUAAAUCCUGUGUGGCUGCCUCUGGGAGACCUGCAGCUCAGUGCUCUCAUAGUAGAGCUGCUCAAGAGCCAUGGCCUGUUUGCCAGCUUCCACUGGGACUGCCUGGCUGACAUGCACACUAAGCCAGCUUGCCAGAACCUGAGGCAGAAAGUGGACAAUUUUAUGUCAACAAGUCUGGACAAACAGGAAUGGAAUCCUGCAAUGAACAAGAACCAGUUGCAAAAUGGCCUGAGGCAGAGCAUGGUUCAGUCAGGCAUGUUGGAAGCAGGAGUGGACAGGAUCAUUUCUCAAGUGGUAGAUCCCAAACUAAACCACAUGUUUAGGCCACAGAUAGAGAAAGCAAUCCACAAGUUCCCACCUGCCAAAACCUGA